CUGCUUCACAUAACCUGGAGCGCAGAGGAAGUGCCGCGAUGCGUAGCCUAUUCCGGCUUCUGGGCCAUUAAAAUUGAAAUAAUUAUUUCAGCAUAAGCAAAUGUAGCACUUACCUUCUACAAUUUACCUGACAGGAGAGAUUAGCUGGAAUUGAAAUGCCGAUAUCAGCUGUGCUGAUACCGCUACUCUGCAUGUUUUUAUCUGCUUGGCAUGCCAAUGCUAGUGAGGACUGCCUGUGGUACGUGGACAAAAAUGGGACCUGGCACAAUGGCUUUGCCUGCUCACCCAUUACCUUCUGCUGUGGAAACUGCCACUAUCGUUACUGCUGUCUGGAUAGGAGCAAGAUCAUCACAGAAAGUGGACAGAAGCGCUGCAUGCUCUUUCAUCUUAGUCCCUCCACAAUAGCAGGUAUUGCCUCAUCCAUCCUACUCUUUGUGACUGCCAUUGCCACCAUAGUCUGUUGCUUUAUGUGCUCUUGUUGCUACCUGUAUCAGCGGCACAGACAGCAUGGCAGGACAUCUUAUGAUUCUCAGCAGAUUCCUAUGUCCAGCUACCCUGUCGGGCCCGUGUAUGAUGUCUAUGGAAAACCUACUGGAAAUUUUGAGUACUCUGGUUAUGCAGUGACACCUCAGUAUUCUGGUAUGCCUCAGCAAUGUCCCAGCUUCCCUCAGGUGCCAUACCCCACAUGUCUUCCUUCCAAUGCAAGGCCCAGUCAAGGAGCGCCUCCACCAUAUUCUGCUUCUUAGCCACAGAGCACAAGCCAUAUAGAGAUCCUCCAGGAAGGAGAGUAUAAAUAAAUUUGUUGCAUGUGUCCCUGCUCUUGAGAAAUCCUCAGAAUAAUGUACAACACUACAAACAUAUCUAUUGUAUUUAUAAUCUUUGGAUCGAAGCCUGAGUGGCCUGGAUUUGCCUGUUAUUUUUUGCCUGAAGUGUAGAGAUGCAGUUACUGACUGGUGAAACAGUUUCCUCUAAAACACUCAACUAAUUUUUAAUAUGUCAGGAAGUUUGCAAAAGAAUUAACAGCUCCUGGUUUUGGUUUCCAGCCUUGAUGUCUUAAUAAGUGUUACCUUAUGUGUAUUACUUAAAAAAUGUGUGCUUAUUUUUUAAUAAUAACGAGGUAUAAAUUGACAAGGUGUGCAGGCUUUUCCUGCAAUUACUGUCCAUAUUAAUUAACCUAAUCUACCCAUUUUGCUCUUGAAUUUUAAAUUGAACUUAGCAGGUUUGUAUUACUAUAUUAAACAUUCUUGCCAGAAUAUACUAUACAUUACAUAAAAUAUAAGAACUUAUAGUUCUAAGAACUUUUGGUUUUAAUGGUGUUCUCUUUAGAGUUUUACAGUAGUGUAUAUGUUGCUUCAAUUAGUUUUAGCUGCAGUAGUUAGGUACUAAGAUUAAACAUAUUGGUAAACAAUGUUUAUAAUGCUAAAUGAGAUGCAAAUUGGUGGUGGACUUGAUAUGGACUGAAAAGAAGUUGUUUUUGAAAACCAGGAACUUUUGUGAAAAUAUUUGUAAAAUGUGUUAAGCUAAACCAACCAUGCAUUUGCAGUACCUCUUGAAUUAAACUUCUGUGGUACAAUGUGGGUAAAAAAAAAAUCUAGCAGUGGCUGUGUAUUUUUUAAGUUUCUUUUACUUUAAAGCUAUUGUCAACAUGAUUACAAGAUAACCAGAGGUGCUUUGUUUGUCCUUUGUUGUCCAUUAAUUUUGUUGUUAACUGUACCAUAUAUUAUAGAUGGAUCAUGCAAAAAACAAUUAGAAUAAGGGUAUAGGGUGUCUCACAUUGUAUUGACAUUGCUAUCUCUUAGAAAAAGUAUACAACCUCACAACAGCCUGCUGAAAAAUGCUAAUAUGCUAGUGAAAAUUGAAUAAUGUACAUUGUGAGGGAAACCAGCACAGUAUGUAAUAUUUUAAUGAAAGAAGAAUAACUCCUGGAAUGAUACAUAGCUUUAUUUAGGUCAUAAAUUCAGAUGAGAGAGAUCUUAAAAAAAAAAAAAAAAAAAAAAAACCUAAAAUACUGAAAUGUAAGUAUAACAUAACUGAAAUUUUACAAUAAAAUAUUUGGUCUUUUACCUCUCCCUUUUAUCCUUAUUUGAUCAUUCUCAAUUAUAUUGCAUUUUUAUGUUACUAUAUUAUGUUGUAUAGCCUGCAAAAUAAUAAUGAUACAAACUGCAAAGGCAUGUUUGUAGAGUUGUCCAGCACAAUUUUAAGUAAAGUAUUAGUAUGUUUUAUGAAAGAGAAUAAUUUACAUCUUAACAUAAAAUAUAUGUUUCUUAGGAGUGUAAAUAUGAUGCUACACAAAAUCCGUUUGUCCAGUAUCAGCAUGGGACAAAAUAAACAUCCAAACAGAUGUUAUUUAUCAGUCAUAUAAAACACAUAAGCAAUGAAAAUAUUAUGACUACAUUAAGAUUAUACAUUAUGACUGCAAUUAAAAAAAAUGGAGCAGUUGCAGACAAGUUUCCUAGAAAGAACACACAUGAGCACACUGAACCCCUGAUUAGAAGGCAGGCAAAGAAAGCCCAACAAUUAAAGAUUCAGAAUGAUACACUUUACCUGAUUCACUGAAAAGAAAAGGAGUCACUCGUUACUGGGUUAAAUUUACUAUUAAUUUGCAUGAGCUCACAAAACUAGAAAAAAUAAGUAUGCAAUGCAAAGUGUGGAUAUGCAAAUCAAAAACAUGACUAUACAUAUUGGUUCAAGAAAACUGGUUUAUUUUAGGCUGUUCUGGGUGGGUUGCUAUCUAUCUAUCUAUGUCUGUCUGUCUUGUCUGUCUGUCUGUCUGUCUGUUUAUCUAUUCAUUCAAUAUAAAACGGAGUUACAAAAUUACUGCAAUGUACACAUGUAAUAUAUCCAAACGUUCGGCACAAUGAACUGUGUUAAGUGUAUUGUGGUGACAUGCAGAUCAAUGGCCACAAUAAGUAGAAUCACUACACUUUUGCAACUUGGACAUGUGACAUAUCUAACCGCUCAGCACAAUGAGGAGAGCUUUGUGACAGAAUUUUAAUGACAUCACAUGACAUCACGCAUGCACAAUUAACUGGAAUUACAAAAAUUUCCACAUAUGCCAUAUCAAAACACUCAGCACCAGAGGCAGCCGGGCAAUAGGGGGAGCUGGGGCACUGCCCCCUUAAAGGCAACUUUCCAUUGUGUGUGUGUGUGUGUGUGUGUGUGUGUGUGUGUGUGUGUUUAAUGAUUACCUUCGUUACUUCAUUACUGAUUUACUUAUAAUAAACCCACAUUGAACUCAGUUUCACUAAUUCACACUGAUAGUACGUUUAUUGCAUGCUUUAACAGUUGACUUUAACAGUAACAUUUUCAAUAUUUUAUCUUAGCAGUAAUGUUACAUAAUCACCUGAUAAAUGGCUAUUUACAGUCCUGCAUUAUUAACAGUUUGAUUUUAAGUUUGUUUGCACCACCCCACCCCACCCCACCCAUUUUCCUCGGGGUUGUGUGCUCAGCCCAUUGCUGUUCACUCUGCUGACUCACGACUGCAGCAAUGCACAACUCAAACCAUAUCACCAAGUUCACCGAUGACCUUGAUGGGUCUCAUCAACAAAGAUGAGUCAGCAUACAGAGAGGAGGUGCAACAGCUAGCAACCUGGUGUAGAGCCAAAAACCUGUCUCUGAACAUUGACAAAACUAAAGAGGUGGUUGUUGACUUUAGGAGAACACAGAGUGGCCAUUCUCCACUGUACAUUGACCGAUCCUCUGUGGAGAUUGUCAAGAUCACCAAAUUCCUUGGUAGACAUCUGAUGGAGAACUUCACCUGGUCACUCAACGCCAGCUCUAUCAGUAAGAAAGCCCAACAGCGUCUCAACUUCCUACGAAGGUUAGGGAAGCCCAUCUCCCUCCCCGCAUCCUGAGCAGCUGCAUCAAUGCCUGCUUUGGGAAUUUCUCAAUUUCUUAUCUCAGAUCGCAAGGCCCUGCAGCGAAUAGUGAUGACAGCUGAAGUGAGAAGAUCAUUGGAGUCUCUCUCCCCUCUUUCCUGGACAUUUACACCAUACGCUGUAUCUGCAAAGCCAAAAGCAUUGUGGAUAAUCCCUCACACACCCUCUUCAUCUUCCUGCUAUCUAGAAAGAAGUGGCGAAGCAUUUGGACACUCACAACCAGACUGUAUAAGAGUUUCCUUGUUAACAGUUCUCCUAUUUUGCACAUUGCCCUGUAUAACAUGCAUAUGUACAGUAUGUAUACUGGUCAGUGUUAUUUUGUGUAUUUGUCCUGUACUUUUUUGAUUUGUAUUGAUUGUUGUCAUUUUGUCUUGAACUGUUUGCAGUAGGUUGCACUUUAUGUGGCUAGUACAACUUACUUUCAGUCCUUAGCUCUGUGUUGUUAUGUAGCUCUAUGUUUUAUGUAGCACCAGGGUCCUGGAGAAACGUUGAUUCAUUUCAUUGUGUACUGCGUCAGCUAUAUAUGCUUAAAAUGACAAUAAAAGUUAAUUCACUUGACUUGACUAAUAAAGAAAUAAAUAUAGAUGAAUUAAAAAAAAAAUUUAAAAGAAAUAAAAAGAAAUCCCUGUCAACUCACAUACAAGUGUUUCUGUAAUAGAUAAAUAAAUGACCAGACCAUCACCCCCACUAUACCAAACAUGAUAUUAGCACUCAGCCAUUCCGAGAAAGUUAUGUUAGUCUUAGACAGCUGGAAAAAAGGGGGCCCCAUAUUUCCCCAAAUGCAUUAGGAGAACCCAUUAAUGAAAGUCUAAUCUUCUCCACUUUGACAAAAAAUAGUAUAUGUCUAAUCUUUUGAGAAAGAGAGGGAGGUUUUGUUGUUUUCCAAUUGAUCAAUAUUAUUCUUCUAGCAAGUAGAAUAGCAAAGGCCAGGGCUUCCUUUUUGAUCAUAGAAAGGGAAGACGAAGGGGAAAAGACCACAAACAAUGCAAUAAGAAAGUUUAGUUCUAUUUUUCCCCCAGUCAAUUCUGACAAGGUGUCAAAGACUCCCAUCCAAAAGCCAAAGCAUGUGUAAGAGAUCUGCAAGAGUUCUGUAAGUGCUCCAAAACCUCUGACCAAUCUUCUGAUAUUUCCUGCCCCAGAUCCCUCCUCCCAUUGGGCCUUCAUGGAAUUUAGGGGAUCUAAAUACUAAAGUACUACUGAGUUAUUUUGAGUUGCUGCAAUGAAAUUUCAGCAAAAUGGACUAGCCUUCUGCAUCAUUUUUUCACUUUGAUUUUCAGCCCUCUGUAGGUUCAUAAUUUUUAUUUUCAUCAAACGAUGUGGCAUCCUUUCAUUCCUAACACAUUACCCAAUCCAUAUCAGUAUUUUAUUUGAGCAGUAUAUUUAUAUGUGGAUUGGGUAGUUGCAUAUAUUCAAUCUAGCUGAGAUAUUUGUUCUGUUCUCUAGAAGGAAUGUUGACAUGUUGAUGAAAUUCUUGUAGAACUGAACACAGUUUACACUGAUUAAAGUCCCCAGCUAUAAUAAA